AUGUCUGAUUCAUUGUCAGUUGCCGGAAGUGUUGUGGGAAUCGUCUCGCUUGGCGCUUUACAUUACUACAAUGCUUUUGCAAACGCGGAGUCGGACGUCGCACAGAUUCUCACAAAGUUGGAAAGCCUUCAAAAGCUACUUGAUAGCUUAUAUCGCCAGCUUAAGGACCGCAAAUUCUGCUUGAACGACCGUUAUGUCUUGCCAAAAGACACUCUGGCUAUUGCAAAAGCCCUCGGUCGACGGCUUGCUUACCCAUUCCGAGAGAAGACAUUGAGAAGGCGUGAAGAGGAUAUCGCUGAGCUGCAGCUGAACGACACCGGUAACAUUCGGAACGAAGUGGAGGAAACCAAGACUUUGAUGGACCUAGUUAACAAGAAAGUCUUUGAAUGGUUGAAAGCCCCUGACGCUACGAUCGACUUUAAUGAAGCCUGGCCCCGCGUACAAGUCAUGGCCCGAAAUACUGGGCUCUUUCUCUGGCUGAGCGGCUUUGCUGGCUGCGGCAAAUCUGUCCUCUGCUCCACGGCUAUCCAGUACGCCUUUCGACAUCGGAGGUCCAGCCCACGAGUCGCCAUCGCGUUCUUUUCUUUUCUUUCACCGAUGUCAGCAAGCAGAAUGUGUCGUCCAUGCUGCGCUCCUUGGUGCUACAGCUGUUUGGCUAACUCAAUGGCGGCUGCAACUAUGUACUGCGAUUACGAGACACCUACCGCAAUUCUACGCCACCAGACCAAGUCUUAA